GCAACACACAACAAAAACUUCAUCAUCAAGGAAAAAGAAAACUCAUCUCUGAUCAAAAAUCGAGAGUAUAAUAAAUCAUCAAUGGCGGAUUCGUCUCAGAAGAAAAUCAGAAGAAACGCGAUAACACAUAAAGCAUGGAGUCUCAUGAAGAUGGCUCUUCUAUGGGGAAGAAAAGGUGGAGUUUUCAAAAAAUGGCCAUUGUUCGAACUACGUAGCUUGUUCUUCAAGCAUCUCAAAGCCCUAGCUCAUCAUCAUAGUAACGGUGACCGUUAUUACGGAGAACGCCAGCUUUCCUUUGAUGAAACGCCGUUAUUUAACGUCAAGAAGAAGAUGCAUUGUCCUACUUCGUCUAUGAGGUUCCUCCUCCUCCCCUGCUUUGCUCCUCCCGUAGAUUUUGACUAUGACUUUGAAAUGGACGGUCAAGAUUAUUCCGACGAGGUACAAUCGUACGGUUACGAUGAAUCUUGUUCGGAAGAAGAGAAAGGGGUGGAUGUGAGAGCAGAGGAGUUCAUUGCUAAGUUCUAUGAGCAGAUCAAGUUGCAGAGACAAGUGUCUUAUUUGAAAUACAAACAACACAACGACGCCGUAUUAUUAUAGAUUUAUGAUGAUGGUUUUAUUUACUAAUAUGAAUGAAUGCAGCUUGUUUUUGUAGAUAACUGAGUCUAUAUAUCAUCUAAUUACAACAACAAAAAGAUGUUUCAUUUUUGAUUUCAUAUGUACUUCAUUUUCCUUUUUUUUUAUGAAUUUCCUUUUACCGUAUUGUUGUUUCAAACAAAUAUUAAUAGAUAAG